UUUGGCUUAUGUGUGGGAGUAGGCAGUUUUAGCGAUCCACCGGAAGUUCCAGGCCUGGCACAUUUCCUUCAACGCAUGAUUUUUAUGAAAUCCGAAAAAUAUCCAAAUGAAAAUGAUUUUAAAGGAUUUAUCAGUCUCCAUGGUGGCACAACUUACGGCGCAACAGAUUGCGAGUAUACAAGAUUUUAUUUUGAUAUCCCAGAGACACAAUUGUUAUCAGCUCUCGUUCCUUUUAGUGUAUUUUUCGAUAAAUUUUGGAUAAAGAAAGAUGCCAUCACAAGAGAGCGAAAGAUCAUACAAAGAGAGUUUCAGUUAGAUUCAUCUAGUGACAAAAAUAGAAAGGAACGAUUAUUGUCUUUUAUUGCUCGAACUAAUCAUCCAUCCAGUAAGUUUCUUCGGCGCAAUUCAAUAGUUUUAAACAAUGAUGAUGACAAGUUGUAUGAAGAACUGCACAAUUUCAGAGAUCGUCAUUAUAGCGCUCACAGAAUAAUGUUAGCUAUACAGGCGAGAUUACCGCUAGAUACAUUGGAAGUAUAUGUCCAAACCUGCUUUAGUGAUAUAUUAAGUAAUUGGCUGCCUUCCGAUGACUUUACUAAAUUUAAAGACAACGAUUCAUUUGAUAUGAUAUCUGACACUUCCCAAAAAAUAUAUAAACAGAUUAAACCCAUGAAAGAUAUCAUCCAAUUACAUAUAACGUGGACUUUGCCUUCACUACUUAAUUUGUACAGAAGUAAACCAAAUAAAUAUAUUUCAUGGAUUAUUGAACAUAAAGGAAAUAAUUCUUUAACUAGUUAUUUACGUAAAAAAAUGCGGGGCCUUGAUGUGUUUUGUGGUAACUGUGAUAACGAUAAUGAUUUUGGAUACAACUCUAUGUACGUUUUAUUUGAGAUUAUAAUAGAACUUACCGAUGAGGGACUAAAACAUCUGCGAGACGUUCUAGAGGCAAUAUUUUCCUUUAUAAAUUUAAUAAAAAAGACGGGUCCACAAGAAAGUAUUUAUAAUGAACUUUAUAAGAUUGGAAAUAAUAAUUUUAGAUUUUUUAGUAAGCAUAAUGAUGUGUUUGAUUUAUGUAAGAGAAUGCAUUUCUAUCAGCCGCGUGAUUAUUUAACUGGAAAGCAUAUUUAUUUCGAAUAUAACCCAGAAGCUAUACAAAAAUGUUUGGAUUUUUUGAUGCCAGAGACAGCGAAGAUCAUGAUUUUCAACGAUGAUGUUGCAUUAAAUAUAGUCGAACCUCAUUUCGAAAUUAAUUAUAAAGAUAUCGAGUUACCAAAAGAAUGGAUCGAACGCUGGAAAUCUAUCGAGCCAUUGCCUGAUUUUAAUUUACCAUCAUGCAAUAAAUUUCUUACUAAUAAUUUCUCUAUCAUAUCAGUAUCAGCAGAAGCUUCGAAAUAUCCUGUAAAAAUACACCAUGAUUAUAUGUCGGAGAUUUGGUUUCGCCCGAAGUUUUAUUGGCCGAUGUGUCAUAUAAAUCUUCACAUUAUUUCUUCUCUGAUUAAUCGAGUACCAAAAAAUGCAGCUUACCUGCAAAUAUACUGCAAUGUAUUAAAAUAUCUAUUGCUCGAAAAAUUAUACCCGACUGUAACGGCUGGAUUUGGUUAUGAAAUCGAUGUCAAUGAAGAAGCUACAGGUAUUAUAAUACAAAUAAGCGGAUUUAACGAAAAUCUGCAAUCCUGGUUGAUGGUUAUCGCAAACUAUAUAGUGGAUCUAGUCUCUGUUUCGAAGAAUUUGUAUAAAAUUAUUAGAAUGCAACAAUUCAAAGCAUAUUGCAACAAAUUUAUAGAACCAGAAAAGUUUAUCGAGGAUGUGGAAUUAUGGAUACUAAAAAACGGCAACUGUACACACGUUCACAAAUAUAAGGCUCUAAAGAAAUGGUAUAAUUUUGAAUGUUUUCAAUAUUUUGUACAAUACUUCAUCAAAAAUAUGUAUAUCCAAUGCCUUGUAGAAGGCAACGUAACGAAAGAUUUUACGAUCAAUAUUAUACAACGACUUAUCAAAAAAAUUAACUGCCGUUCCUUGAAAGACAAGACGAAGCCAUGGUUUUGGAUCACUGAAAUAUCCCGAUGCAUAUCUUAUUUCAAGUUGAAAAAUAUUAACCAAACUGAUGUAAACUCAAUAGUGACAAAUUAUUAUCAAGUCGGUAUUGCUACGAUUGAAUUAUCGGUUUUAAUUGAGCUGAUGAUAAUGAUAAUGAAAGAAUCAUUAAUGAAUCAUCUACGAACCCAAAAAAAGCUUAAUUAUGUUUCGUGCGAUUUUAGAAAUAUCAAUGGAAUAUUAGGAUAUUCUAUAACUGUUUACACUCAGGCAGAUAAAUGCACAACUGAAUACGUUGAUCAACAGAUCGAGGAAUUUCUGAAUUCGUUUCGAAUCAUAUUAGAACAGUUUUCAGAAAAGAAAUUAGAUGAUAUCAAAGACGGGCUGAGAACUUCAAAGCAACAUGACGAUGGCGAGAUUCUGAAAAACAGAGUUAACAGAGACUGGAGUGAGAUCAUGAAGCGGCAAUACAUGUUUGACAGAUGUGAAAAGGAAGUGCUUGCAAUAGAGAACAUAAAUAUUAAUAAGCUGAGAGAAUUUUUCAGAAGGCACACACUGAACGGAAGUAGUUUCAGAAAAUUGAGCAUACAUGUGGUAGGGGUACCAAAGAAAAUUGUAGUUAGUAAGUAG